CAAAAGAAUUAUUUGCAAAUUCGCCGCAGCGUCUCUCCCGGCGAUUUCGCGCUCGAAAAGAUCACUGUUCGAUUUCUCAAGCUCUGCAAUCACUUCGCUCCGAUCGAAGAAACCCGCCCCAAAAAUGGCCGACCCGAUUCUUCUCUCCGACGAGGAAGACGACCGCAUCGUGCUCUGCACUCCCACGCCGGCCCGCUCCCGGAAGCGCCGCGUCUGCCGCGACGGCCGCCCGGAGCCGCCGCCGACGGUCCUGGUCGUGGACGACGACCCGACGCCGCAGAAACCGGCCCCCGCCUCCGCCUCCGCCUCCACGCCCUCCUUCGUGGCCGAGACUCCCAUGUCGGACGUCGCCAUCGUGAGGUGCACCGCGAGGACGGGUUCGGGGUCGGGUUCCUUGGGCGACCGAGCUAGGGCUCCCGAGGCUCCUCCGAAAUGCUCCGGUAUUAGCGGACUGAUUUUUUUGGAAUCUGAUAAUGAGUCUGAUGGCUUUCUCGGAAGUGAGCUAUGGAAGGCGAAUCAGGCCAGUUUUGCUUCUCAUGCAGUAAAAGAUUUUGGACAUGGCAUAAAUGUUGUAGAUUCCACAGAUUCUCAUGGAAAUGACGAUCUAAUUCAAACAUCUGAAGGUGGUGCCUGUCCAGCACAGUUGCCAUGUGACGUGUACACUUACCAGGUACAUGAUUGUCCCGACAAAGAAAAUUUUGGCAUGGAGCAGGUGGACAAUGAGCCAAAACACCCGACUGGAAGUAAAUCAUAUGCUCAGGAGAAAGAUAGUGCUCAGCAGAUGGAUUGGAAGUCAAAUUGUCAAAGCAAAGCAAAACAAAAUGCUCAGAAGAAGGACGAUGCAAAUAAAGCAAAAAACAAGAAGACUGAUGAGGAGAAGAUUAGGAUGAAGGAAGAGAAGAAACGGAAGAAAGAGGAAGCAAAAUUGCAACAAGCUAUCAUGAAGGCUGAAGCCGCAGAGUUGAAGAAGUUGCACAAAGAGAAGCAAAAAUGGGAGAAAGGGAAGUUUGCCUUGAAAUCCAUUGUAGCGGAAAUUGAUGCAAAAGUGGUUGAAAUGGGUUCAAUUGGAGGUCAUCUUCUUUCUAGGUUUACUGAUAAAGGACUUACGUUCCGCAUAAAGGCGAAUCCGAUUGAAAGAUCAAUCUUGUGGACCAUGACAGUUCCAGAACAUUUAUCACAGCUUUGUCCUAAAGAAACAGUUAUUUCAUACAUAACACUUGUAUAUGAGGCUGAAGAAUUCUGCAAUCUCGUUUCAAGUGGGUCCCUUUUUGAUCAUUUAAAUGGAAUCCGUAGUCUUUAUCCAUCUCAUACGGUUUGCUACCUCACAAAUAGGUUGAUGGCAUACAUUAACAAAAGGGAGCAGCAACAGUACAAGAAUCCAGCCAGUAACGGUUGGCAACGACCACCAGUUGAGGAGGCGUUAGCCAGAAUGACAACGCAUUUUGCUAGGGUACACUCCAGGCAAUGCAUAGAUGAACCUGAAGUAGCUGAGCACAUUGUUGGUCUAACAUGCAGUCUAGCCUCCUGCCAAUACAGAAAGAAGUUAUCAUGGCUUUCUGUUAAUGCUAAUGGAUCCAUCAUUCCUACGGGUUCUCUUGACAGGAGCUUAAUUAAAAAUAACUGCUGGUUGAAAGCGUUGAUGGCUGUUCCAAAGGUACAGCCACGAUUUGCUGUGGCUAUAUGGAAGAAGUACCCGACCAUGAGAUCUCUUUUGAAUGUCUACAUGGACCCAGACAAAACUGUACAUGAAAAGGAAUUUCACCUUAAGGACUUGACGACAGAAGGUUUACUAGGUGAAGACAGAAGAUUAGGCGAGGUGUGCUCUAAAAGAGUGUACAGAAUAUUCAUGGCUCAAAGCAGCGGCAUAAGGACCGAUGAUGUGGAGGACGGUGCUGAUUUUUUCGCAACGUAAUUCCUUGUCAAACCUCCCUGGCAAUUGUAUUGUUGGUGCGCAUAUUGUCUUGGCAGAGCGAUCCGCAUCUGUUGCAUAGUUUUUGCUUUUCAAAUGGUGGGCAACAAGCCGUUGCUAAAGUGUAUUUGGUUGCAUUCAGUCAUUCUUGUCCCUUCUUAGGAUUUAUGUCCUCAAUUAAUAGGUCUUCCAAUGGUCCAUGUGUACAGCUUUUGUUCCCCUAUUAAUGUUAUUCAAACGACACUCUGCCUACCUCCACAUCUUAUUCCCAAUGUAUGCGAAUUUGAAAUUUAUAGGUCUUUCCUGAACUAUUUAAAAUUUGGGUAAUCCAUGUCAAUCUUCUUUCGGUGCUG